GUUAGAGGUAAUUUCGGUUCAAACGGGAUUUUGUUUUAAACAUCUCCUGUGCAACGACCGAUAGCUCCGCGUUCCUUUUGGAUUCGACGGAUUCCUUAUGAUAGUUUUCGUAUUGAGAAAUUGCGAUGUCUGAGGUUUUAUUGAAUGACUCGGCUGUUAAGCAGGAGUAUUUUGAGGACGAAGAGAGUCUUCUGAAGAGUGAUGUAUUUGAUUCUGUACCUGAAACACUAUCGGGUGAAUUGACUGAGAUCGGCUUCGACAACGGAUGUCCUGGUGUUGUUGGUCGUGAUCCUUACGGCGACCUAUUUUUAAUGGAUCCUAAUGACCUUCUCGGUGUAAGAGAAGAAGUUAUUGGAAAUGACGCAAGUAACAGCCCGGAAAGUGUACCUGUAUGUGAUUCCACUAUAGCUACAGCGGAUGAAUCUAACGACUCUUCUAAUGAACGUGUCAAUUUAAAGCGGAAAAAGACGAAAAAUCGACUCAUUAACUUCACUAAACAGGAGCCAGACAAUCGUGAGCCUUCAGAUCCUGACGAUGGGGCGCAAAAUAUAAAGUACUCGCGUUCUAAACUUCCAUACACCCAUCAAUCAAUAAAAGUUGACCCUGAAACUGACUUGGGAAAUCUGCCGUACGUCGUAUAUGGCAACGCAGUUGAAAGUUUUAAUGGGAAAAGCUUUUUGAUUAAUCGCCGGUACUCUUCAUCUGCUGGUCACAAACAAAUUCAUAUCUUGCAUGGACAACCACGUUAUCGGCGCCAUUUCCCUUUGGGUGCCAGUGGAACAAUUGGAACUCGAUUGCUUCCUCAAACUUAUCGUUUCGGUGGUUCACAGUCAUUCCAAGGACAUUCUCGUGUAACUUUCAAGCGUUUACCACAAUCGAUUAUCCGACCUAGUAUGGAUGAAUCUGAGACAUUGUUUGUCGCAAGUCCUCGAUUUAAUGUUGCUAAUGUCAUUAAAAAUGAUACGUUUGCACCUAGUGGAUCAGUUUUGACAGUUCUCAGUCCAAAUGCAAAACAUCAAACAGUGGCAUGUCAGAACAAUCAACUACCCAAUAUAGCCCCUGCUCCAGGAUGUUUGGAAUCCUCUGGAUCUAAUGAUAUUAAUCCACCUGUUGUGUACGGAUCCUCGAACUCUAGCAAUAUGCUUCGUACGGUGCCGUGCCCACAUAAAGGUUGUGGAAAGCUUUUUCGUGACAAUUCUGCUAUGCGCAAGCAUUUGCAUACACACGGUCCACGAGUACAUGUUUGUGCUGAGUGCGGAAAAGCAUUUGUUGAAUCUAGCAAAUUAAAAAGACAUCAACUAGUUCAUACCGGUGAAAAGCCUUUCCAAUGCAAUUUUGAGGGUUGUGGCAAGCGUUUUUCAUUGGAUUUCAAUUUACGUACACAUGUACGUAUACAUACUGGUGAUCGUCCUUACAUAUGCCCCUUUGAGAACUGUCAUAAACGCUUUGCUCAAUCAACAAAUUUAAAGUCUCAUAUUAUGACACAUGCCAAGGUCAGAUACCGAGGUCCUCGUAGCUCUUCAACAACUUCACAAACGCCCGGCUACUUCUCUGAACUUGAUGAACUGCCAAUUUCUCAGCAGGCUUCGGUUGCCGAUAAUGUUAAUGAUUCGAAUAAACCCUAUCCUACUCCAGAUAAUGACGGAGAAAAUAAUGUACAAGUUAAAAGUACAUCUCCUUUUAUGGUAACCUCAUCUAAUUCUUCCAACUCAAAACCAACUUAUAUAAAGGCUCCUCGAGGUUAUACUCGUCCAACCUCUGCAUCACGAUAUACUGCACAUGAACUGCCCCCACCUCCAUAUACGAUUGAUGAAACACCCUUAUCUGUAUCCACAGGCUCCAAAUGUGAAUUGCGAAAUGACCCGUACAUUAUAGUACCAAAAUAUACAUCCGGCAGGCGAAAACAUUCCAAAUCAUUUGUCAAUCCUAAUGAAGAUGAUAUUGAUGACGAUAAUGACGAAGGUGAAGUAGAAGAGGAAGAUUGUUUUAUAAAACAAGAAUUCGAUCGUAGUUUCAUAUUAUCGGAUCCAGGUAUGGGUUCCGCAUUGUUCGUUGAUCCUGCACAAGAAGAUCGUGAAAUGAUAUGGCGUACUAAUGAAUAUCCCACUUUAGAUCGUCUACAUUUAUCCAAUUCAUUCGGAAACUCGAACCACCAACCUAUCAUUAUGUGCACGCGAGAUCAACGUCGCAGGAUAAUUCAACAAAGUAAUAUUAUGCCGGAUUACAUUUUGUGUCGUCAACAAACAAUACCUAUCUUAAGAUUGCCUACUCCUGCACGUACAGUGGUAUCUUUAGGACGACCACAGCAACAGUCCUGACAUAUUUUCCAUACUAGAACCAACUUUCAGCCAGUUUUACUUACUAUUCUCGUUCCAAGAUCUCGUCUUUUCCUCUGUCUUGCUAAAUACAAUGAGUUCGAAGUAGGGAUUUAACAUUACUACUUUUGCAACCACACAAUUAAGCCUUAAACUCAUGUCUUGUUAACUAUAGCAGUUUUCGUGCGCUUAAAGCGCAUCUUGUACAUUCACUGUUUCCACAACCUAUUGAGUUGUCUCAGUUUAUUUUGUCAAACUAGUUUCAUUGUUCCUAAACUGUCCCCUUAGCAUAAAAUUGUACAAAACGAAAUCGACUUAUCUGGUCCUUUUUACAGAAAUCUAAAUGCUUGACACUAAUAUAUUGUUUAUUGCCGAUUAUUCUUUUCAAACACUUCAUUGAAUUUACUGGUCAUUUCCUGCGCCUACAUGUUUUCAAUCUUUUAAUGUUUUCCCAGUGAGGUAAAUCGUGUAGUGCCCGAGGGAACUCUUUUUUAGUCUUCUAUGUAUACAGUUGUUUUUCAUGUACAGACUUCCGGAUAAUCUGUGAUUUUUUUGAACUCAAGUUUAAUGAUGUAUGGUUGCGGGGUCGAUUCAUAUUUUCGACUCCUUGCAGUAAUAUUUAUUGUACGACAUAAUAUUUCAUUCCUAAACAAUAAGAAUAAUCAAACUAUUUUAUGACUCGUACUAAACAAAUUAUCACUUUGUUGUUUCCUCUGAACAUACGUCGUCACAGUAUGUUCGCGCUUUGGGAAAAUACUUUGUCUUUACUCAUCAUUUUUUAACUGAAUAUUUUGCAGUUAUUUUAACAUGACUCUGUACAGUGAAAGUUCGUACUGCAUACCUUUAUACCCGUCUUGCUUGAUCACUUAUUACAAUAUUUCGUAUUUAGCUCUGUGAUGAUCCAAAAGUUGAAACAACCUUAAUCACUUA